AUGGCUGCAGCUGUAUCCGGUGAUCCUAAUCCUGAAAAUAUUAUUGAAAUAUGGUGUGGAGAUCAGUGUCUGGAUCCAAAUAUGAAUUUACGCAGUGCUCGUUACUUCUACUGGAAACAAUCAGGUGACUUGGUAUUGAGCUACUUAGUUAGCAAAGAAAAUGGUAUCAACAACAGUACCACUAACAGUACUACUACUAUAAUAAUAACAGUACCAAUCUAG